UGUGCACGGCUCAGUCGUAGGCGAAGGUUGGAACUGGUGCAGAGCGGCAUUUCGAAUAGAAUAAAAGUGGAACUAGUGCAGAGCCUCGACUAAGAAAAGUGCGAACUGUAAAAUAAACAAAAAGAACCGCAAGUUCAAGUGUUGAAAAGAAGCGCGCUAAAAAGACGCAAAAAAAGAAAAUAAACGGCAAAAUUGAAAAAGCAAUGUUGUUGUUCUAUGCAAAAUAUGCAUUUCUGUUUUGGCUGUUCAUCGACGAGAAUCAGGGCAAUUUGAUACUCAUGCGAGAGCUGUCCAAGGAAGAGGUGCUGCUCAAUUUGACUGCCUGCACCAAGCGCUGCCUGCUCACAAUACCAAAUAAGAAUUUUUCGACCUGUUACGAUUACUGUGGUGAAAAUGCGACGGAUCUAAUGACCGCGAAUCCGCCGCACAAAAUACAGGAGAAUUUCUCUUUGAAUCUCGUUUGCCGCACAGAGUCGGAGCUGUCAUUUCGCAUUAAGUGGGUACAGCAUGCGCGUGAUGAUGCUCCACAGCCUAUGCCAGAUGUCAUGUUUAUCAUAAAGCUUGACAGAAUCCUUGAUGACGUUAAUCUUGAAUCGACUUUCUAUGUGUCCGAUGAUAGUUUCUUUACCUUAUCGGAUCUGGAAGCAAUUACCUCUCAUAAUAUUACAGCGCUGGCUGUGCACGCCGAUGGCGCCUAUUCGUUUAUUGCCAUCCAGGAGAGCUAUCAAACACUGAAGCGUGGCUAUCAGCCCAGCAAAAUGGGCAACGUUCGACUAAAAGAAUUCGAAGAGCAGCCCGCCGAUAGGCAACAUCUUGCUGCAAAAAUAGAAUGGCAGCCAUCAGCUGAACGCAAUUGUUAUUUUGAUAUGAUCUACUUUUCGAAGGAUACUCAAAUCAUGGACGCGCCCACACCUAUCGAAUUUCGCGACCCUCGCAGCCUCUACAGCUAUACAAUACCCAAUUUGAAAUUUGAAGAAAAGUUCAUGGUGGGCAUUCGCACAGUGAAUAUCAUGAAUAUGCUGGAGACCUCAAUGCAAUGGCUGGUACUGCACGUGCCCAGCUGCCUAGAUUGGUUUCACUACAACUAUACUCUGUGUGCUCCGCUGAAGCCCGAAAAUGUUAGUGUCCAACAAUUUCAUUUCGAUCAGGAUAUAUUAACAUUGAAUAUCAGCUGGUCUCUGCCACGACAACUGCCGGAUUACUAUAAGCUGAAUAUACUCGAUCUACAUGAUAAUAGCUCAGAAAUGAACUAUACAGUAGAUCGUAGUGCUAAUCAUUAUGAUGUACAAAAUAUAACUAUACUUGGUGCCAGUUUUGAGGUCCAUUUGAUAGCAGUCACAGAGGGCGGACAGAAUGCUACGACUUUGUUCGUUGACAAGAUUGAUUUGCAGCUCUGGAUGCUGGAAAGCACCCUAAUUAACUUAAUGGUUUUAUUCAUUGUGAUGCUUUGUGUGAUAGUCGGCUUGUGUUGGCUGACGUUGCGUAGGCAAAAACAAAGACAAGAUUGUCAGCAGCUGGAGACGAAGGAGCUUAAGGCAGCUCCCAAUCAGUCAAGCGAUUUUCAUUUGUCAUUGAUCAACAACAACAGUAACAGACUGUUAGCUACGCUCGCAGCUGAGGAUAAUUUUGAAUUGGAUGAUGAGCUGGAGGUAGAGCCACAUGCAGUGCUGCUGCAGGAUGUCCUAGGCGAGGGCGCCUUUGGUCUAGUACGUCGCGGUGUCUACAAACAGAGACAGGUGGCUGUGAAGCUGCUCAAAGAUCAUCCCAAUGAGGAGGAUGUGCAAGCAUUCAAGUGCGAAAUCGAAAUGUUACGCGCCGUGGGCAGGCAUCCAAAUAUUGUUGGCAUUGUUGGCUACUCGACCAGAUGCAGCAAUCGCAUGAUGCUGCUCACCGAAUACUGUGGUUUGGGCAGCCUUCAGAGUUAUUUGCGGGAUGAAUGGAAAUUUCAGCAGGAGCGCAGCGCUCGGAACUUGCAUCUCAAGCUCAAUUCAAUGCAGCAGGCACAGCUUCCAAUGCGCCCUAGGCAUCUCCUUUGUAACGAUACACGUAUUGAGGAUAUAAAUCGCUCCAUGUUGUCCACACUAGAAGAGGAAUCCGAAACGGAUCUCUCGAGGAACAGCAGUCGCCAAGAUACGAGCUUCAAGUGGAGCAAGGCAACACUUGCUGCUGACAACAAAUCCUAUGGACUGCAUGGCAUAGAGAAUAUUGAGGCAAAUGCAGCUGCUGCUGUAGCAUCUCUGAAGAGCAUAUUGAAGCGCAAUCAAAGGGAACAGCAGCCAGAGAAAAGUUCCUGCUGCACGGCUAGCUUCGAAAAUCAGGAAUACUUCAAUACACCAGCCGUUGAGCAUCAAUUGGAAAGGCAACCGCUGAAAUAUGUAGAUCUCUUGGAUAUUGCGCAACAGGUGGCGGUUGGCAUGGACUUUUUGGCGCAGAAUAAAAUUGUGCAUCGAGAUUUGGCGGCACGAAAUGUGCUCAUCUCAUUGGAUCUCACCAUAAAAAUAGCCGACUUCGGUCUAAGUCGUGAUGUCUACCAUGAGAAUGUUUAUCGCAAAUCAGGAGGCAGUGGCAAGCUGCCCAUUAAAUGGUUGGCAUUGGAAUCGCUUACCCAUCAGGUGUACACCAGUCAGAGUGAUGUCUGGUCCUUUGGCGUACUGCUGUAUGAGAUUACUACAUUGGGUGGCAUGCCAUAUCCUUCAAUCUCGCCCAGAGAUUUGUUGCAGCUGCUGCGUCAGGGACAGCGAAUGAAGCAGCCCGAAGGCUGCACAGAUGAAUUAUUCGCUCUAAUGACAAGCUGCUGGUGCUCCAUACCUGGCAAUCGACCAACAUUUGCGCAGCUCAAACAGCAGCUAGAUGCGAUGAUCUUGGCCAGCAAAGAGCAACCAAUGCGGCUGCAGCAGCAGUUAAAGCUACAGCUCACACAAACUGACAAUCCACAUAGCAAAGUGGAGCAGCUAAAGCCACAGGAUGAACACUAUUUGCAGCCUUGUGCUUAAAUUUGUUUUUAAAUGUUUGUUUUUGUCUUUUUCUAAAUGUUUUACUUCGUGCAAUACAUUUUCAAACAGAGAUGUGUGUAGAAAAUAGGGGUUAACUAUAUAUAGAUAUAUUUAUAGCUUAUAUGUUUAAGUUACUAACAAUGCGCUUAGGCUGCAAAGAUUUUCAUCAAAAUAUAUAUAUAUACAGACUAGUU